AUGCUUUUGCCGUUGCUGGUCAGCCUGGCCUUGAUCUGUCCGGUCCUGGGCAGCCAGAUCUACCUACGAGCCGGGGACGAUGAUGCAUACCAGCAUUCGCCAGAGGUGCUCCCGUCGCCACAAAUCAGUGGGCAGGAUGAAUGGGCCGACGCGUUUGCCAAGGCCAAGACCAUGGUCGGCCAAAUGACACUAGAGGAAAAGGUCAACUUGACUGGUGGCGUUGAUCUCAAAUCGGGCUGCUCCGGCUCUGUCGCCGGCAUCCCUAGGCUAGGCUUCCCUGGCAUGUGCCUGAAUGACGCCGGAAACGGUGUCCGCGCGAGCGACAAUGUCAGCGGCUUCGUCAGCGGCAUUGGCGUCGGCGCGAGCUGGAACAAGGAGCUCGCGCGCAAACGCGGCGUGGCUCUCGGCGGAGAAAACCGACGCAAAGGCGUCAACAUCAUGCUGGGACCCGUCGUCGGGCCCGCGUGGACCGUCGUCAAGGGCGGCCGCAACUGGGAAGGCUCCUCGGCGGACCCCUACCUCUCCGGAGUCCUGGCCGCCGAGACUGUCCGGGGCGUCCAGAGCCAAAACGUCAUGACCAGCGUCAAGCACUACAUUGGUAAUGAGCAAGAGCUGCACCGAUCGCUCGAAGGCAACGUCCAAGCCAUAUCCUCCAACAUUGGCGACAAGACCAUGCACGAGCUCUAUCUAUGGCCCUUUGUCGAUACGGUCAAGGCUGGUGCUGCCAAUGUCAUGUGCUCUUACAACCGCCUCAACCAGACGUACGGCUGCGGCAACAGCAAGACCCUCAACGGACUUCUCAAGACUGAGCUCGGCUUCCAGGGCUUCGUCGUGUCAGACUGGGGAGCGCAGCAUGCUUUUAGCGAUGCUCCUAAUGGACUGGACAUGGGCAUGCCCAAUUCUGAUCCGUUCUGGGGCGCCAAUCUCGUCAAGGCCGUCAAGAACGGCACGCUUGCCGAGUCGCGCGUAAACGACAUGGCCAUGAGAAUCAUCGCUUCCUGGUACCAGCUGAAGCAAGACGACCCGAGCUUUCCCGCUCCAGGCAUCGGCAUGCCCGGCAACCUCACCGCACCGCACCACGUCAUCGAGGGCCGCGAUCCCGCCGACAUGCCCGUCCUCCUCCAAGGCGCCAUCGAGAGCCACGUGCUCGUCAAAAACGACCACAACACGCUGCCGCUCCAAUCACCCAAGGUCGUCUCCCUCUUUGGCUACUCGGCCAACACGCCGCCCCAGUGGACCGCAGCGCAAGAAACUAACGGCACCUGGCGCUUUGGCCUCGCGCCUGUCCUCGGUUUUGACCCGGCCACGAGCCCCAUCGGUCCCCGUGGCACUCUCUUUGGCGCCGGCGGCUCCGGCGCCAUCACCCCGCAGACGCACAUCUCACCACAAGACGCCUUUGUUGCGCGGGCGACCCGCGACGGCUUCACGCUGCACCAGGACCUGCAGUCUGCGCGGCCCGCCGUCGUUAACCCGGCCUCGGAUGUCUGCGUCGUCUUUGGCAAUGCCUGGGCGCGCGAGGGCAACGACCGGCCGCAGCUCGACGACGAGUACACAGACAGCCUUGUGCGCGCCGUUGCUGACCGUUGCGCUAGGACCGUCGUCGUGCUGCACAAUGCCGGCCCGCGUCUUGUCGGCGGCUUCGUGGAUCACCCCAACGUUACUGCCGUGCUGUUUGCACACCUCCCUGGGCAGCAGGCCGGCGACGCCGUCGUCGCGCUGCUCUGGGGCGAUGCUAACCCCUCGGGCAAGCUGCCCUACACCGUCGCCGAAAAGGCCGCCGACUACGGGCCGCUGCUAGAUCCGCAGCGCGCGGCGCCUGGCGUCUCGCCGCAGGCGUACCUGACGCAGGGCAUCUAUACCGACUACAAGUAUUUUGAGCGGGAACGCGUGCGGCCGCGCUAUGAGUUUGGCUUUGGCCUCAGCUACACGCAUUUUGACUAUGCCGACAUUGUGCUCGCGACGCGCGGCGACAGCGGCGACAGCGGCGACAGGCCUCCCACAUGGCCGCCGGCCGAGUACCCCACUGGCAAGAUUGUGAGCGGCGGGCAGAGCGACCUCUGGGACGUGAUCGCGACGGUCCGGUGCAGGCUGGUGAAUGCAGGGAAAGUGGCGGGCGCCGAGGCUGCGCAGCUGUACGUGCGGUUUCCCGGCAGGCGCGCCAAGCAGCUGCGCGGCUUUGAGAAGCCGACGCUGCAGCCGGGCGAGGCGACCGAGGUGGUGUUUGAACUUACAAGGAGGGACUUGAGCGUGUGGAACACGGAGAGGCAAAAGUGGCAGCUGCAGAGGGGAAGAUAUGAGGUUUACAUUGGCCGCAGCAGUACGAAGCUGCCUCUCAAAGCGCGUCUUGACAUUUAA